AUGGCCCCACAGAGAGCUGUGCAGCUGUCCCUGAAGUCGCCCACCCACGCUGUGUGUGUGGUGGGAGUCAAGACGCUCGUGGACGUUCACAGUGAUGUGCCCCAGGGUGCCAAAACCUUCAGGGUCUCUGCGAGCUCCGGGGUGGAGGUCUUUGUGGUCUACCACACCACACGAGAGACAGAGCCCAUAGGCAAGGCCCGCCGUCCCCUGGAUGCCAAAUUGGAUGUGGUUGUGUCCGUGGACACAACCAGUAAGGAGUCAAAGGACCUCAAGGUGAAGGUCUACUACUUCAGGCAGCCCGAGGGCGAUGCCCUGGGCCACAGUGUGCUCUACCUCACUGGUGUUGAUGUUUCCCUGGAUGUCGACACGGGCCGCACAGGUACAGUGAAGAGAAGCCGAGGGGACAAGAAAACCUGGCGCUGGGGCCCUAGGGGCUAUGGGGCUAUCUUGCUGGUGAAUUGUGACCGGGACAGUAAAAAAUCUAGUGAGCCUGACCUUGCCAACAGCCAGCUGAUGACUCUGGAUGACCUGCUGGACAUGUCCCCAAUGGUGCUGAGCUGUGACGGCCCCGACGAGAUCUUCAACAAGCAUAAGCUGAUCUUGAAUGUGCCCAUUUCUGACUCCAGAAAAGUGGGAGUCUUCUGUGCUCGGGGUGGGAAUUCCCUCUCGGACUACAAGCAGGUUCUGGGGCCCCAUGACCUGUCUUACAAAGUCGAGCGGCAGCCAGGGGAACGAGAGAUUAGAUUCUAUGUGGAAGGGCUGGCCUUCCCUGAUGCCGAUUUCUUGGGGCUGGUUUCCCUCAGCGUCAGCCUGGUGGACACAGGGACUCUGCCUGAGGUGACCCUCUUCACAGACACUGUGACCUUCCGCGUGGCCCCCUGGAUCAUGACCCCCAACACCCAGCCCCCCAAGGAACUGUAUGUGUGCAGUGUGAGGGAUGCUCAUGGCCCAAAUGAUAAAUUUCUGGAUGACAUGUCUUUCCUGUCAUUGAAAGCCAACUGCAAGCUGAUCAUCUGCCCUCAGAUUGAAAAUCGAAAUGACCGCUGGAUCCAGGAUGAGAUAGAGUUUGGCUACAUUGAGGCCCCUCACAAAUCCUUCCCCGUCGUCUUUGACUCCCCCCGAAACCGAGGCCUGAGGGAUUUCCCCCCAAAGAAGAUCCUGGGUCCUGACUUUGGAUAUGUAACCCGAGAGAUCCCCUUCUCAGGCCCCUCCAGUCUUGAUUCUUUUGGCAACCUGGACGUGAGUCCACCUGUCACGGUGGGCGGUGUGGAGUACCCCCUGGGCCGGAUCCUCAUCGGUGGCAACUACCCCAGGUCCGGUGGGCGGCAGAUGGCCAAGGUGGUAAGAAACUUCCUGAAGGCCCAGCAGGUGCAGGCGCCCGUGGAGCUCUACUCAGACUGGCUGUCCGUGGGCCACGUGGACGAGUUCCUGUGCUUUGUGCCCACCUCCGACCAAAAGGGCUUCCGGCUGCUCCUGGCCAGCCCUAGCGCUUGCCUCAAACUCUUCCAAGAAAAGAAAGAGGAGGGCUAUGGCGAGGCGGCCCAGUUUGAUGGGUUAAGCUACCAGGAGAAGAUAAGCAUUAAUGAGAUGCUGGAGGACAGACGUCUCAGGAAUGACAGUCUCUAUGCACAGAAAUGCAUCGACUGGAACCGUGAGGUGCUGAAACGGGAGCUGGGCCUGGACGAGAGUGACAUCGUGGACAUCCCGCAGCUCUUCACCCAGAGGGAGUCCUACGCACAAGCCUUCUUCCCGGACAUGGUCAACAUGGUGGUCUUAGACAAGUACCUGGGCAUCCCCAAGCCCUAUGGGCCCAUCAUCAACGGCCACUGCUGCCUGGAAGAGAAGGUGCGGUCCCUGCUGGAGCCCCUGGGCCUCCACUGUAUCUUCAUUGAUGACUACCUGUCCUACCACAAGCUGUCUGGGGAGAUCCACUGCGGCACCAAUGUGCUCCGGAAGCCCUUUCCCUUCAAGUGGUGGAACAUGGUGCCCUGAGCCGGCUCCCACUUACCGUCCUCUCUGCCCCUCUUGCUGGGGGCCCAUAUCAG